UAAUGAGUUAGUCUCCCAUUGUCUUCACUAACAAACCCUCUAAACCACAUCCUUUAGAUGACAGUGUUUGGAAAUGGGGGACCAUUUUCCCUAAAAUAACGAAUAAAGAUCUUAAACCUGAAAUCAAAAGUGAACCACAAUACUUCAAAAAUUAUUAGCUUGAAGAUAGCUAAAUAAUCAAUAAUUAUACAGUUAGAUCUGUGGUAUUGAAUGAAGUAACCAUUAUAAUUUUAUAAUUAGGAACCUGAAUAUAUAGAAGUCGACUGGAAUGCAUUCCAACUUAUCUCUUUUGAUUGAAUCCAGCUAUUUAAUGAGUAAAUAUAUUAC